UUGCGCGUCAUGCGUCAUGACGUAGAGGAUGUGAGUGGCUGGAGUAGCCGUCCGAUUGCUUUGGAAAAGUGGAGGUUUGAAGACAAUCCACUAAGCCCCACGACGCAAUGUAAUCGACUGAAAGGUGUCAAAUAUUUUGGGACAAGAAUCCGUCCCAUCUCGCUACUGCUUCGAGUCGUUUGGGUGCACGUUGAAACUUCGAGGCCUGGUUUGUUAGCCUAGCCUAGUUUAGCAGCUAACAAAGAGAAACAACGCGCCUGGGAUAAACACGUCGCCGAGCAAGCCAACAUCAAGUCCCAAAAUGUCAGAUGUCAGUCGAGCGCAUCGUCCUGAACGCCUGCAGUCUCCUCGCAUGGAGGAAGAGUUGCCAUACAUCAAGAAAGUGGAGGAAGAAUUCGUCCACAUUAAAGAGGAGCAGGAGGAGUAUUUCUUUAGAGUGGAGAACCCCCACAUUGAGGAGCAGCAGCAACCUCAUCCCCUCAAAAAGGAGGAGGAGGACCCUCCAUAUGUUAAAGUGGAGGUGGUGAACACCCCCAAGUGGACUAGUGAGCACUUAAAGGGUGAAGAUGGAGGUCCAAGUGAAGCCAGCAGUUGGACGGAGCCUCCGAAUGGCAGCAGCAGCAGUUCAAAAGAAGGGUCCCAAGCAGACAACCUCAUCGCUCGACCAUCAGAGAGUGACGACUUCACAUCACACUCGCUGUUCUCAGGUUUCAGCAAAUAUCUUGGUCCCGACGCUCAACAGCUAAAGAGAGAAGUACAACUUCCAAUCAAAAAGGAGGAAGGAGAGCUGACAUACAUUAAAGAGGAGGACGAUAUCACCAUGUCGACUGGUGAGCGCUUGAAUCGCGAGCAUGGAUCGAGUGAGGCCAGCAGAGCAACAGAGCCUCCAAGCAGCAGCUCAACGGAAGGAUCGCAAGCACAAAUUUUCAUCGCAUCAUCAGAUAGAAAUGGCGCCACGUCACACUCACCUUACAAAGAUGAUGGUCAGAAGAAAUCUCACCAUGGGAAAACCUUUGCAAAUAACUAUACUUGUCGCAUGCAUAUGAGGAGCCACAUUGGUGAAAAACCCUUUUCCUGCUCAGUUUGUGGAAAAAGAUUCGCUCAAAAGAGCGACUUAAACACACACACAAGAAUCCACACUGGUGAAAAACCUUUUUCCUGCUCAGUGUGUGGUCAAGGAUUCACUCAAAUUCACCUCUUAAAAGUACACACAAGAACCCACACUGGUGAAAAACCCUUUUCCUGCUCAGUUUGUGGAAAAAGAUUCGCUCAAAAGAGCAACUUAAACACACACACAAGAACCCACACUGGCGAAAAACCCUUUUCAUGCUCAGUUUGUGGAAAAAGAUUCGCUCAAAAGAGCAACUUAAACGCACACACAAGAAUCCACACUGGUCAAAAACCUUUUUCCUGCUCAGUUUGUGGUCAAGAAUUCCGUGAUCAGAGUGCCUUAAAAGUACACACAAGAACCCACACUGGCGAAAAACCUUUUUCCUGCUCAGUUUGUGGUCAAGGAUUCACUGUAAUUCACCACUUGAAAGUACACACAAGUACCCACACUGGUGAAAAACCCUUUUCCUGCUCAGUUUGUGGUCACAGUUUCACUGACAAGACAAACUUACAAAGACACGCAAGAACCCACACUGGUGAAAAACCGUUUUCCUGCUCAGUUUGUGGUCACAGUUUCACUGAAAAGACAAACUUACAAAGACACACAAGAACCCACACGGGUGAAAAACCUUUUUCCUGCUCAGUUUGUGGGAAAGGAUUCACCCAGAAGAGCACCUUAAACACACACACAAGAACCCACACUGGUGAAAAGCCCUUUUCCUGCUCAGUUUGUGGUCACAGUUUCACUGAAAAGACAAACUUACAAAGACACACAAGAACUCACACUGGUGAAAAACCCUUUUCCUGCUCAGUUUGUGGAAAAAGAUUCACUUAUAAGAGCAUCUUAAACACACACACAAGAACCCACACUGGUGAAAACCCCUUUUGCUGCUCAGUUUGUGGUCACAGUUUCACUGAAAAGACAACCUUACAAAAACACAAAAGAACCCACACAGGUCAAAAACCUUUUUCCUGCUCUGUUUGUGGUCAAAAUUUUGCUCUCAAGGAUCGGAUUAAGAGACACGUGUGUAGUGGCCAAUGACUGUUUUGCCUGUCAUCCAUGCUGCUUUCAUCAGAUUGUGCACACAGGUCAAUUGCAGUCUAGAGUUUCCUCAAAUCCUGUGGAGGAUUGGCUGUAUUUGUGCCUUACUUGUGCUUUGUCCAAUCCUUGAAUGAUGUGGAUCCACAAUAUUGCCAAAAGUAUUGGCUGACCGGAUUUAACUCUCAAGUUGAGUGGCAUUAUUUAUACAAUACUCUCCCUCUUUCAAAGUACACUUUCCACAGCUAAUAUUUGAAACAGUAGACCCCAAAUUACAAAAAUUCUAAAUCAUUCAUCGAUAAUAUAAUUACAUAAAUAUGGAAAAUUAUGAUUGGCUCACAGAUAUUAGUUUUUUUUGGGUGGGGUGAUUAUAUAUAAUUUAAAAAGUUACUAUUACUACUCUUGAUUGACAACGACAUAUUACGACAGAGUAUUGGGCCCAAAUAAAGGGAGGGAAAAAAAUGACUACGAGAUUUAAGUUGUACCUUUUCUACAAGAAAAAAGUUGUAUUAUUAUGUAGGGAUAAUGUAGCUGAAUAAGGGGCUACGCACUUUAUGUACACGUAACUUAGUUGGGAGCUCCGACAAAGCAUCAGUAAAAUCCUUCCAUUGAUAAUUAUUUUAUGUAGAUAAGCUAAAAGAUAACGGAUUUCCUUAUUUUGGAAACUGAUUCUAAAACACAGCCUCACGAGAUGCUUUCAUUAUUGUUGACUUUAGUGGAGGCGGCAAAGCGCUACAGAAAGUAUGUGGCUGCUUAUUCAGCUACAUUUCCCCUACAUAACAGGAUUACUUUUUUUUCUCGUAGUAACAGUACGACUAUAAUCUCGUAUUCCUCUUUUCUUUAUUUUGGCCUAAUACUUUAUGGUACAAAUCAGACAAUUAUAAUUAAAAUUGUUUAAGCUUUUGAUCGUUCAGACCCCCGUCGAUGACAAUCUCUCGACUCUGCCUCGAAUUUUAAAGUGCUUGUACUUCACGGUGCUUGAUAAUUUUAUUCAUUAUAAACAACUUCUUUUCCAUUCAGUCCUAGCCUCCUCUUCCCUUUGUUCAGAACAAGCCUAUUUAUAAUAUUACAACUCAAAACUAUGGUUGUAACUAAAACCGAUACUUCGUUACCAAGUUGAUUCUAAGAUUCAGAAAAUGUGACGGGACUGCCUUUUCUGCAAUACCCGAAGUAUCACCGGUACCAACGCGACAGAUCUGGCCGCUUUUUUUGUGUGGCAUACGAGGCUGCAGAAGUUGCCCGACAAGCGGUCAAUUACACCGCUAAAAUCGGGGUUAUAAAUGAUUUGCAAAAAUAAAAGAUAACAGAACAAGCAGUAACCCCAACCUCCAUCUCCAAUUUUUUCCCCACACAUUUUCUAAAUGCAAAAUCUAAAUUUUAACUUGUUAGAACAUUGGAUAGCCACGUUUACAUGCUGACUUUUUUUCAUACCGAUUCAAAUCAUUCCGAAUGGAAAUUUCACAUCAGCUGUUUACAUGUCACUUCAUCUAUUCCGAUCCAGCGUUUACAUGUGUCUGCCUUUAUUCCGAAAGGACGUUUGACAACUGCUGUCUGACAUGCGCAGAUUAAUCAAAACAAAGCGUCACGUUGCAAAACAUGGAGAUCGAUCGUCAGAUCAGCUGCUGUUCUAACUUUUCGAGUGAAAACAAAACUUCAGAAUGACACGCCGUUCAUUUAAAAAGUUGUGUGGGUGCACUGUGCGUGUGCUUGGAAGCCAUGUUGCAUGUGACGUUACUUACGUCACCAAGUGACGUCACCAUGUCAGUACGGAGCAUGUGCAGAAAGAACGCAGCCAGACACCAUUCCGCUUCCCUGUUUACAUGAUAUAAUUUUACUUCUAAUCGGUUUGGGAAAAGGAAUAUUCCACCCCUGUGAAUCGGAAUGAAAUUCCAUUCGGUUUGGGCCUGUUCAUUCCGAAUGAGGUGUUUAUAUGGAACACAUUUAUUCGGUUUGAAAAAAAAAUUCCGAUUGAAAUUGGAAUAUUUGGCUCCAUGUUAACGUGGCAGAUGUUCAUUAAAAUAGCGUACCGUACGUAACGCGUCACCUUUGCUCAUUAAUAUACUAAUUAUUAAUAAUGCAUAAUGCUGUUUCUGUCUGUGUAUCAUAUUGCCUCUGCAAAGCCCUUUGAGACAACCUUUUUGUGAUUUAGGGCUAUACAAAUAAAAUUGAAUUGAAUUGAAUUGAUAUUCAUGAUGUUAGCAACUGUUGCAGGGAGGGGGUCAAACAUGCAUUUGCCCCUCAAGCUAAAUGUUGCAUUUUGUUUUUGUUGUUAUACAAUAUGUUACGAUGGUAUUGUUUCCUACAUACCCAUAUGAUAUUGGUCAGUUUAUUUUUUUUUUCUGCCUCAGUAGUUUUGUUUUAUGAGUUUUUUUGGACAGUUUUUAUCAUAUAAUGGUGUGAAUAUAUUUAAAAAAUGUUUCAUAUACACAGUUGAUGUCAAUUCCAUUACAUACAUUUUCCCAAUGUUGUGCCUUUUUAACUGAAUUCCUCACUCGCCUGCACUUGUCAUUCUGAUCCGGCAAAUUUCCUAGGUGGGUGCUGUUGUAAACUGUAAAAACUGGUAGAUGAUCACUAAUACUGUUAAUUUCUGUCCGCUUACUGUAUUACUUCCAAUGUCAUUGGUGAAUAUAUUAUCUAUUAAA